UGCUUUCAGCUUCUACAUCACUACACUCAUGCUCACAAUUCCAAUCCUUUUACUUUACACUCUUUAAUCAAUAAUCAUCAUUCCCCUUAAUUGCUUCCACCUCCGCCGCCGAUGUCGUCACCGGCUCCGGUAACCUCACCUCCUCCGUCAGUAACUAACGACACAACUCCUCCGACCGUCACCUUUCCGUUACGUCCUCCGGCAAACGAAAGCUCGAUCAGUUCUGAACCUACUCCGUCACAGCCGGAUCAAAACCGGUCUGGUAGCAGCUCUGCAUUGGUUGCGCUUGGUGUCGGUAUAGGUAUUGGUGGUGCUGUUGUGCUCGUGUUUGUUGCUGUUUUCGUUGUUUGGUUUACCAGGAGGAAACGACGCCGUUGUGCGUUGGCGGAUGAUCUACUAGGACUCAAAGAUGGCUUUGGUGGUGCACCUCAAGAUUGGCAACACAGUGCUCCUCCAUCAAACAGAAAAAAUGACGGAUUGCCGCCAAAGUUCACGAAUUCAUCAUCUAAUUUUCAGUUAUCUUCAAGCAGUACAAGCUCUGAAAAGCCCAAUACUACUAACAUGAGUUAUGGAAACAAUAAGACCAUAUUCACGUAUGAAGAUUUAGCAAAUGCAACAGAAGGUUUCUCACAAGCUAAUUUUCUUGGUCAAGGUGGUUUUGGUUAUGUUCAUAAAGGAGUCCUUCCAAGUGGAGAGAAAGUUGCCAUAAAACAGUUGAAAACUGGAAGCGGACAAGGGGAACGUGAAUUUCAGGCUGAAGUUGCUAUCAUUAGUCGUGUUCAUCACAAAAACCUUGUUUCGUUGGUCGGAUAUUGCGCUUCUGGUAUUCAGAGGAUGUUGGUUUAUGAGUUUGUUCCAAACAACACCUUGGAGUUCCACUUACAUGGGAAGGGAAACGAUUUCUUAAACUGGGAUAAGAGGAUGAAAAUUGCUCUAGGGUCAGCAAAAGGAUUGGCAUACUUGCAUGAAGACUGUCAACCUAAGAUCAUUCAUCGCGAUAUUAAGUCUGCAAAUAUACUUCUUGAUAACAACUUUGAGCCGAAGGUUGCAGAUUUUGGACUUGCCCGAUUCUCUCCUGAAACAGAUACUCAUGUUUCCACUCGUGUGAUCGGAACUUUUGGUUAUUUGGCUCCGGAGUAUGCUCUUACUGGGAAGUUGACCGAUAAAUCAGAUGUCUUUUCGUUUGGUGUCGUGCUUCUUGAAUUGAUUACUGGACGUCGACCCAUUGAUAAAGCUCAAUUCUUGGAUGAUAAUAUCGUUGAUUGGGCAAGGCCAUUACUGACCCAAGUGUUGGAGGAUGGCGAUUAUAGCUCAAUAGCAGAUGCAAAAUUGCAGAAUAAUUACGACUGUACUGAAAUGUCUAGGAUGAUUACUUGCGCUGCUCUUUGUGUACGCCAUUUGGCAAGACGAAGGCCAUCAAUGAGCCAGAUAGCGAGAGCCUUAGAAGGAAACUUGUCGCUCAAGGACUUAGAUGAGGGUAUCAAAGCAGGACACAACAAGUUAAACGGUUCUCAUGCAAGUUCGGAUUUUGACACCGCCCAAUACAGAGAAGAGCUAAAGAAGUUCCAAAAAAUGGCAUUUGAUAGCCAAAAUAACUCUAGCAAGUGGAGCGUGGUCACAAGUAAUAUUGGUCAACAACCAUCCGGAUCUAGCAGCGAGGACCUAAGAACAAACAAUGAUCUAGGCUCGAACACUGGAGUUCAACAAAUAUUGAUAGAUUGAUUAAGGUAGAUUUGAGGUCUCCAUCAAGAGAAUGUAAGAACAAACAAACAAACAUAUGCUGACAUUAUCUUGUUUGGAAGAUUGUGUUUAUAUAAAGGUUUAUCAUUGUACAGGAGUAAAGUCAUGUCUAUAGUUUGUUUUGUUUGUUGAAUAAGCCAAUUAGUACUUUGAGACAAAAAUGUUCUUUUGUUUGUUA